GACAUUGGCCGGAGCGCGCACGCAGCUGUCAGUAGGAAAUGCGGGUGGCUGGAGGUGGAUGCGCUCUGCCGCUUAGCUACGACCUCGAAACCGCCCCCAUAACAGCCCAAAAACAGGCUUUGCUCACGGGCCAAACUGUCCCUGAGGCUCCGGUCAUUUGGGUGUGGUCAUCGGGACAACAGAGGAGGCAGACGUUUGUCCUUUUCACCGCGGACACACUCUCAGAAGCGCCGCGGCUAACAUCAACAGAGCUAAUGCUAACAGGCUAAAUUAGCUCCUUGCGUUAACUCCGCUAGCCGAGUACAGGACGUCUGCUUCCCCGGCGCGGCGGUCCCCUCCCCGGCCUCCGCGCUGACAUUUCCCGCAGGAGGUCACGGGGCAGAGGGAGCUGUGGCGGGGCCGAGGGGCGAAGAGGAACCGCUGUCCGGGCUCUGCAGGCCGGGCGGACCGCACUGACAGCACCGCCACGCCGCUGGAGGUGAGUGACCAGAGCCAUGGCUGAGCUCUCCACGCUGCCCUCGUCUCCUCCUCUGACCGAUCCUCUCCUUCCCAAAUCGGAUUCCCAAAUGGACUCUGUUCCACCUAUCCCCAAGUCCUCCCUGUACGGGAACAAGACAGCCUCCGCUGCACCGCCGGAAUUCCAGGUACCGCUGGACAUCCAGGCAUCGCCAGAUCCCAGCCCCUCCAAAGCUGUACCCCAAAACGCUGCACCAUCCUCGGUACAAGACCCUCCUCUGCCUGGGCAGGAUCCUGGAAGCAAUGACAAAACAUCUCCACUGCAAAAUAACCUCCAACAAACUGAAAACCAUGUAUGCAAAGAGAUGGGUGCUGCUGGAAUUCCCAAUGUGUCAAACUCUCAGUCUCCAGAAAUCGCGCCGACCCUGUACCCGAGCGUCCAGUUUACUCAGAGCUCAGAGAACGUCAACGUUCAGAGUGAGACGCCGCAAAUCGCUCCAUUGUCUGAUUCAGUUUGUGCAAAAAUGGAUGAAGAGGAUUUAACCAAAACUCCUCCUCCUCUGCAAGUUGUUCAAGAAGUCACAGUUACAAGAGAAUCUCUGAAUCCACCGGUGUCACAGCUUAAACCUGAAGGAGAGGAGCCUGAGACAGAGGGAAGCCCCAGUGUCCCGGUCAUAAAUGAACCGGAAGUGAUGUCAUCCGGCUCGCCUACCCUUCCUCCACCGCACCCUGUCAUGCCCCGUCCACCCGCCCCAGACACCCUGAGCUACCUGGAGUCGGCGAGCCUGAUGUCGGGGACCAUGGAGUCCCUGAGCGGCCUGGGCGAGGACGGCAGCUCAAUCGGUUCGGACUCAGAGAUAAAUGGACUUGCGGUGAGACGCACGGAUAAGUACGGCUUCCUUGGAGGGAGUCAGUACAGCGAGAGCGGGGAGAAGGAGGUGCGUGUGGAAGUGUCCCGGCAGAGGGAGAUGAAAUGGCUUGACAUGUUUAACCACUGGGACAAAUGGGUCAAGCACCGAUUUCAGAAGGUAAAGAUGCGCUGCAGGAAGGGCAUCCCGUCAUCUCUCAGAGCAAAGGCCUGGCAGCUCCUUUCCAACAGCGAAGAGCUGCUCCACAACAACCCCGGAAAGUUUGAGGAGCUGGAGAGGGAGCAGGGGGAGGCGAAGUGGUUGGACAUCAUCGAGAAGGACCUCCAUCGGCAGUUCCCGUUCCACGAGAUGUUUGCAGCUCGAGGAGGACACGGGCAGCAGGACUUGUUCCGGAUCCUAAAGGCCUACACCGUUUACAGACCAGACGAGGGAUACUGUCAGGCCCAGGCUCCUGUGGCUGCAGUGCUUCUCAUGCACAUGCCAGCAGAGCAAGCGUUCUGGUGCCUGGUGCAAAUCUGUGAGAAGUACCUCCCCGGAUACUACAGCGCCGGCUUGGAGGCGAUCCAGCUGGAUGGAGAGAUGUUCUUCUCCCUCCUGCGCCGCACCUGUCCCAUGGCCUACAGACACCUGAAGAAGUUUAAGAUCGACCCCAUCCUCUAUAUGACUGAGUGGUUCAUGUGCAUCUUCUCCAGAACGCUGCCCUGGUCCUGUGUGCUGCGCGUCUGGGACAUGUUCUUCUGUGAAGGAGUAAAGAUAGUUUUUCGUGUGGGGUUGGUGCUCCUCAAACAGAUGUUGGGCUCUGUAGAUAAGCUGCGAGAGCUUCAGGGGAUGUACGAGACGAUGGAGCGUCUGAGGAACAUCUCUCCAGAUAUGAUCCGUGAGGACAUGCUGGUGCAGGAGAUCGUGAGUCUUCCUGUGACAGAGGCGCUGAUAGAGCGUGAGUGCAGCAUUCAGGUGAGAAAAUGGCGUGAGUCUCGUGGUGAGCUAACGCACGAGCCCGGACGCCGCCUCCAUGGGACACGCCACAUCUAUGAGUACAAGCGCCGCGCCUCCUCUCUGGCUUCGGGCGGUUCCUUCUCCUUUCUGGGGAGUCCCAUACCUCCACCUGGACCCCUACGCGCCUCCUCCAGUCUGCUCUCUCUGCCUGGGUUUAGGAGAUCCAAGACUCCCUUCACCACGCAGCCCAAAAAAACAUCGUUCUCUGGGCCUUCUCGUGCUGAGUCCCCACCUCAGUCACCUCCGGCGUCUGGUCUAGCCUCCAACAAACCGCCACUUCCUCCCUCAAAGCCUACGCAUGUCCAAAGCCCGCUAGCGACAACUGAAAUAAAAACGGAAGCUAACAAAGCUCAAAACACGCUACACACCUCUAACACGCUAACACCCUCGCCCAAAAUCGUAUCGGAGCAGAUCACGCCGAAAAUCCCCUCCCCGACGGCAAACAACGCACCACUGCCGCCAUGUCCCGUGGAGACAAAAAGGGAGGUAACCGCGGCGACACCCAAACCCGAGGAGGAGGAAGCGAAGAAAGGAGGGAAGAAGACGAAGGAGGAGAAGAAGAGGGAGAAGGAGGAUGAGAGGAAGAGAAUGAAGGAGAAGAGGGAGAAGGAGAAGGCAGAGAAGGAGAGGUUGAAAAAAGAAAAGGAGAGACAAGAGAGGGAGAGGAAGAGGAGCCUGAAGAAGAAACAACAUGGCAGCGCGAGUGGAGGAGGAGGAGAGGAGCCGAGCGGAGCAGCAGCGGCGAAAGAUGCAGCAGUCUAGAGUUAUUUAAAAAGGAGGCACUGCUAAACAAGGAACAUCACUUCAAUUUAGAAUCAGAAUUUGACAAGUUUUUGACUAAUAUAAACGUAUUUAUUUCUCACUGCGUUUCUGACAGAGGUGGGCAGAGUGGCCA